AUGUGUUGUAGCAAUGUCUCGUUAGCUAGCUCCGUGGUGUUAGCAAUCAGGAGACGCAGACCAACACCAGCAACACUCGUGGCGUCCAGUGACCAGUCAUCUCCAGAGAUAGAUGAAGACCGCAUCCCAAACCAACUCUACAAGGCAGCUCUGUUGAAUUCUCCUCGACAACGACGGAAAGGACCAAAGGGAAACCCGACAAUGAAAGAGCUGCAGUUCCUGGUGGAGCAUCAUCUGUACCUACAGCAGCAGGGAGGAGACGAGUGCUCCUCAGAGAGCUGCCUGUCGGACCGGCCCGGUCCAGACCGACCCAGUCCAGAUAGGCCCAGUCCAGACCAGUCUGAGGGGGACGAGCUGCCCCACGACGACCAGGCCACUCUGGAAGCCUUCGAGAAACUGCGCUGCCAAAUGGAAGAGUUUUCCAGGGAGAGUCUUUUAGAUGGAGAAGGUCCGGAAGGUUCUGUCGCCGUGGAGACGGGAGGUUCUGUCGGUGCGGAGACGGGAAGUUCUGUCGGUGCGGAGACGGGAAGUUCUGUCGGUGCGGAGACGGGAGGUUCUGUCGGUGCGGAGACGGGAAGUUCUGUCGCCGUGGAGACGGAGAGGUCUCAACACACAGAAACAAAAGAAUGUUCCAGGAGCUUGUCCUCGGACGAUACAACCAAGAAACUCCAGAGGUCUCUGAGACAGUCCAGAGGUCUCUACGACAGUCCAGAGGUCUCUACGACAGUCCAGAGGUUUCUGAGACAGUCCAGAGGUCUCUACGACAGUCCAGAGGUCUCUGAGACAGUCCAGAGGUCUCUACGACAGUCCAGAGGUCUCUACGACAGUCCAGAGGUUUCUGAGACAGUCCAGAGGUCUCUACAACAGUCCAGAGGUCUCUACGACAGUCCAGAGGUUUCUGAGACAGUCCAGAGGUCUCUACAACAGUCCAGAGGUCCCUACGACAGUUCAGAGGUCUCUGAGACAGUCCAGAGGUCUCUACAACAGCCCAGAGGUCCCUACGACAGUCCAGAGGUCUCUGAGACAGUCCAGAGGUCUCUGAGACAGUCCAGAGGUCCCUACGACAGUCCAGAGGUCUCUGAGACAGUCCAGAGCCGCACCUGCAGCAGACACCUGCAGCAGACACCUGCAGCAGACACCUGCAGCAGACACCUGCAGCAGACACACCUGCAGCAGACGCAUCUGCAGCAGACACAUGCAGCAGACACAUCUACAGCAGACACCUGCAGCAGACACACCUGCAGCAGACACCUGCAGCAGACACACCUGCAGCAGACACCUGCAGCAGACACAUCUGCAGCAGACACAUGCAGCAGACACAUCUGCAGCAGACACCUGCAGCAGACACACCUGCAGCAGACACCUGCAGCAGACACAUCUGCAGCAGACACACCUGCAGCAGACACCUGCAGCAGACACAUCUGCAGCAGACACAUGCAGCAGACACAUCUGCAGCAGACACCUGCAGCAGACACACCUGCAGCAGACACCUGCAGCAGACACAUCUGCAGCAGACGCACCUGCAGCAGACACCUGCAGCAGACACAUCUGCAGCAGACACAUGCAGCAGACACAUCUGCAGCAGACACAUGCAGCAGACACAUCUGCAGCAGACUCACCUGCAGCAGACUCACCUGCAGCAGACACAUCUGCAGCAGACACAUGCAGCAGACACAUCUGCAGCAGACUCACCUGCAGCAGACACACCUGCAGCAAAAUCACCUGCAGCAGACACAUCUGCAGCAGACUCACCUGCAGCAGACGCACCUGCAGCAGACGCACCUGCAGCAGACGCACCUGCAGCAGACACCUGCAGCAGACACAUCUGCAGCAGACUCACCUGCAGCAGACACCUGCAGCAGACGCACCUGCAGCAGACGCACCUGCAGCAGACGCACCUGCAGCAGACGCACCUGCAGCAGACACCUGCAGCAGACACAUCUGCAGCAGACUCACCUGCAGCAGACACCUGCAGCAGACACAUCUGCAGCAGACUCACCUGCAGCAGACACAUCUGCAGCAGACGCUUCUGGACGUACAGAGGUUAUUUGA